AUGCCUCCCAAGAAAGCAACCAGCGCGUCCAAGAAGGCGGCGCCCGCUGCCCACGCCUCCUAUCGCGAUAUGAUCAAGGAUGCUAUUGUCAACCUGAAAGAGCGCAAUGGUUCCAGCCGCCAGGCUAUCAAGAAGUAUGUCACGUCGAAUAACAAGGUCACCUUCGCGUCCCAGAGCGCCUUCGACGCUCAGUUCAACAAGGCCAUCAAGACCGGUGUUGAGAAGGGCGAGUUCACCCAGCCCAAGGGCCCCUCUGGACCCGUGAAGCUGGCCAAGAAGGACGCUGCUGUUAAGCCUGCCGCGAAGACCGUUGCUAAGCCCGCGGCCAAGUCAACCACCAAGACUGCCACCAAACCUGCUGCCGCUAAGAAGGCUGCCCCCAAGACUGCCGCCGCCAAGAAGGCCGCUCCUAAGAAGACCGCUACCAAGGCUGCCCCCAAGAAGACUGCUGCUAAGAAGUCUGCUGCCAAGCCCAAGGCGAACUCUGGCAAGGCCCGCAAGACCUCCACUGUGGCUCCCGCUAUCAUUGAGAAGCCCAAGGUUGUUGGCAAGACCAAGUCCGGCCGUGUCACCAAGACCACCGCUCCUCCGACGCCCAAGGCCGCCGCCAAGAAGCGGACCACCAAGAAGUAG